GCUGCGGCCAAGCGCACGCAGCUCGGCAGCGCUACUCCGCAGGGACUUACGACGAGCGGAGCCGGAGCUGGGCAGCCCCGAAGGCUGGCGCGGAGGCGAGGCGAGGACAGCCGACGGCUCUUUCCGGGCGCACGGACGCCGCGCGCUGUAAGUGGUCGCUGCGCCGGCUUCUCCCCGCGGCGCGAGGCAACGGAGACAGCCGAGAGCGGGGCGGGACGGGGCGGGGUGCCGGGACAAGGCUGGGUGUGCCCGACGGCUUGCAUUGCGCGCCCCUUGCCUUGCUGCCGCCGCGUGUGGUGAUGCCUAUUCUGCCAGCUGCUCUUGGAAAGGUGAGGGCGCAUCUUGUCCUUUGUUUGGUCCCGGCCUUCCCGUCGAGCCUGUGGCGGAGGUCGGCCGGUCUUUCUUCUGCUCAGCCUCCCCCUGCCGCAGCCGGUGGGCCGGGCGUGGUUUUCUGCAGUCGUGGAAAGUCCCCCACUCCACGGUUCCCCGGCAGCGCACUGGCUCUCGUCGCCGUCGAGGCUUCGCCAAGUGCUCCUCGGCAGUGAGACGGACGGGGCGCGGGGCUCGGGAACCCGAGGGUGAGUUGAUCCGGUGGCUAGGGCACAGCCGUGGCGCCUGGGCAGGAGAGCCGAGGCGAUUCCUCCGACUCACAUAAACUCUGCUUUCUGAACUGCAACGCAGACGCCGGUUUAGUUUCCGCGCAGAGUCGAAAAAGCGGUGCUUGUAGACGCGCGAAAUUAUGAGCCGGGGUUUCUUUUGUAAGGUAACGGUUUGCUAAAAACAAGCUUGCGGGUGUGCGAGAAAGAGAGGGGGAAGAGAGAGGAAGCGAAAUGGCGCGGGGAAAGUCCGUCGGCUUUUGGACAGAUAGACAAAUGAUAUUUAUGUAAGGACCGGGCUGCUGUUUACAACCGGAGGGAUCUUGCAGGUUCCCAGAAGAGGAGAUAUUCAGUCUCCCCCUUGGGAACCCUUGUUUAAUUUUUCUCCGCUUUUUGCUGGCAAAUACGGCUCCUUAUCAGCAGGACUUUUAAUUUUGGUUAAAAUCUGCCCUCAGUGAACGAAAAUAAAAAUUGGAUUUUGCCUAGGAAGGAGACCCUUCAGAGAAGAAUGAUGAUUACAUCGACAAACCGCUGCAAAAAACAAAGCCUCAAACGAAAAACAAAACAAAACCCAAAUGCAUGUUCAUGUCACCUUAUUAAUUCAGUUACUUUAUUAAUAGUUAUUGAUUAAUAGUUUUGAGACUAUUUUCUCUACUCAAGUUUCUAUUUAUAAUUUAACAUUACUUACAGAAGACAAUAUUUUUCAAAGACCAAAUCAAAAAUAAUUUAACAGUAAAAUUGUUCAAAAACAUAUUGCAUCCUGACUUUCUUCGGAAUGAAAACCACGGCGACUAGGAAGAUGUAAAUGCAUCUAAAUAAACCACAAUAUCAAUACGUUUGUCCGUUAAUUUAAAAUAAUCGCAAUUAUAAUUCAACAAGAUAGAAUGCAGUAAUUUGCACAUUCGUGACACUAAAGUACCUUUUCAGUUUUUGCGUGUUUUCGUACUCGGAAUGCAACGGUAUGCAAAACUGUAUGUCCAUAAUAAAACCAUAAUUAAAAAUAUAUCCAUAAUAACCGUUUCCCCCCCACCCCACGAAUAUUGUGCAUGUUACUGUGCGGUUUUAGUUUAUCAGGGCUUAAUUGGCAUUUGAUCACCAGUGCGGGGACACUGUGCUCUUUACAAACGACUCCCCCCAUCCCAUAUGAUCAGAAACCAGCAGGCAUUGCUAAGUCGGUGCCACAAGCAAACUGUGGCUCGGGUAAGAAAAGCUCAGCAUCUAAUCUGGGCUGAAAACGCCAAAUACUCGACGGACUUUUCGCGCACAAGAUGGACUCCCCCCCACGUCGCCACCCAACUCCCCACGCUGUGCGUUGGGAAAGGGGGCGGGGGGGCAAGGGGAGGCCGGCCCCUGCUGCCUAUUCGUUUUUCCGCAAUUCCUUGCUCGCUUCUGUUGUGCAGACAAGACGCCGUAAGAAGGCACCGUAGCAUUUAGAAGGCGGAAAGUCGUCGCCUGCUCUCUGUCUUAAGUAGUUGCCAUCGGGGCGCAACCACAGAAGCGCGUGUGCGCAGUGGCGGCGGUGCUUGGACGCCUUCUGGCCGCCCAGCUCAGGACAAACCAGUGAGCAGCCCUGCUGCCUCGCUUCGGAUCAGGGGGUGGGGGUGCGGGGAGCCGUUUGGGCCGCAAUCGCUUCUCCCAAGCGUGGAUCUGCAUAAAGAGAGAAAGGAGUCAGUUGCGCACUUUGCACUCCGCGCAAGUUCAGCGAGAGCGGCGGAAUGGUGGCAGGAAAAAGAGGCAGCCCCUUUGACAUACCACCCCGGCCCCCACCCACCGACCCACCCCCGCUCUCAUUCGUUGCAGCGGGUUAGAUUGGAUGACACCCCCCCCCACCUCCGGAUCCCUUGUAAACUCUCCAAUUUCAUGAUUCCUCGCGCGCGCGCGCUACCGGGUUGAUCUGGCGCGAUUCGCGGCUAACGCUUUGCAACACUUUUUCGCCGGCGGAGGGAGCUGGAGGAGCACUUCGUGGUCCCGACCCACAGUUGGGUGGUGGCACCUCCCCACCAGCUCCCCCUGGUUUUGCGGGGACAGCGCGGCCGAGAAAAGGCGCAGCUGGCUUGCAGCUGCCGACCGCCCCGACGUGGCCACUUUCGGCUUGGCAGGCGAGAGCCCGCCUCGUGGGCGAUUGGCGAGGCGGCCCCUACGUAUCCUGGCAGCCUGAUCCCUUUGCUCAGGGCGGGCGGAGCAAGAGACGCCCCUUCCCAGCCCCCUCUCGGAGCGGUGGUGGGGCGCCCCCUCGAGCCUCGACGGCAGGCUGGUCCCUUGCUCCCCGGGUUUGGCUUUCAAAGGCGCAGGAGAUGGCCCCGAUGGGUUUGGACAGUGGUUCUCAAAUUUUUCCCCCUCUGGCAACUUUUUUCAUAAUAAAAAAUUGCUGUAAGAUUUUGUUUUUUUUAAUUGACAGGUGAAAUAGCUCAGUUGGUAGAGUAUGAGGCUCUUAAUCUCAGGGUUUGAGCCCCACUUUGGAGACAAAAUAUUCUUGCAUUGCAGGUUGUUUGGACAAUAUGACCCUCUUGGUCCCUUCCAACUCAACCAUUCUAUGAUUCUAUGAGAAGAAAUGUAUUGGGAAAUAAAAUCACAAGUAGGAUUGCUCUCAUUUUAAAAAGACAUCUGUGCAUAUUCUGCACGUAAAAUACUGUAUUUUUUGCUCUAUCUCACUUUUUCCCUCCUAAAAAGUAAGGGGAAAUGUGUGUGCGUCUUAUGGAGCGAAUACAGGCUGUGCAGCUAUCCCAGAAGCCAGAACAGCAAGAGGGAUUGCUGCUUUCACUGCGCAGCAAUCCCUCUUGCUGUUCUGGCUUCCGAGAUUCAGAAUUUUUUUUGUUUUUUUGUUUUCCUCCUCCAAAAACUAGAUGCGUCUUGUGGUCUGGUGCGCCUUAUAGAGCGAAAAAUACGGUAAUUGUUAUACUACACUGAAAUGUUUAAGUGUUUCUUUGAUUGCCCUUGAAUCUUCCUGCCACACUUUCUAUCUUUUUCUGCCACAUUCUUUGAGAGCCCCUGGCUUAAACAGCAAAUCGCGACCCAUCCCAUAUUUUGUGUGUAGAUUUUGACUAACGUGCAGGCAGCUUUGCUAAGUGGGAAGGUGGUGUAAAGUUCAGUGGGCUUGUUUUGGGGGUGGGGAAUGAUGGGAGGUCAUUUCACUAGGACUUUACGGGAAAUGGGAACCAAAUCUCUAUUCUUCCCUUUCUGCAUCCAUGACGGGAAGAUGGGAUUCCUGCCACAGACAGGGCUGUGAGCUGGCAGCCCUGAGAUGUUCCUGGAUUGCUGUGUCUGCUAAAAUACCAGGGUUGCCUUGAAUUCUCUCUGGUAUGAAAACUUGAGGCCAUCCUUGGUAUUUUCAGGCCUAGUGGGGCAGGGGUGUGAUUCUCCUUUCUCCAACAAGUAAACAAGGUGACAACGAGGCAUUCAAGUUUUGCUGUUGUUUGAGACAAACCAGCGUAGAGGAUGUCAGAAGAUGUGGGGAAAUAAUCAGACUAGAUACUUCUUUCUUUUCCUUUGUCCGGGUUCCCAUCUCAUGCUAGCAGUCUCAAUGGUAACACUUUUUUGCUUGCAUUGCUGAUUCUAAACAAAGAAUGUAUUUCUGCUGACUCAAGCUCUUUUUGUUUUGCAAAACCAGUCAGAAGACAGGACCAGGGAGUUUGACGCAGCUUACUGACCAGCCAGGCAACUUGCAUAGGUUUUCAGCCAUGCUACGUGACGCCGGUGGCGCUGUGGGUUAAACCAAAGAGCCUACGACUUGCCGAUCAGAAGGUCGGCAGUUUGAAUCCCCGCGACGGGGUCAGCUCCCGUUGCUCGGUCCCAGCUCCUGCAAACCUAGCAGUUCGAAAGCACGUCAAAGUGCAAGUAGAUAAAUAGGUACCACUCCGGCAGGAAGGUAAACGGCGUUUCCGUGCGCUGCUCUGGUUUGCCAGAAGCGGCUUAGUCAUGCUGGCCAUAUGACCCGGAAGCUGUACGCCAGCUCCCUCAGCCAAUAAAGCGAGAUGAGUGCCGCAACCCCAGAGUCGUCCGCAACUGGACCUAACGGCCAGGGGUCCCUUUACCUUUACCUUUUUACAUGGCUGGUCAGGAAUGUAAGCCCGGUCUCCCUAGCCCAUCUCAAUGUAUUGUGGAAUCUAUUGUAUACAUCCACACCUGUGCAUAUGUAUAAAUACAGGUGAUGUGGGGAUCAUGGGCGUAGCCAGGAUUUACGGCCUCGGUCCAGUAUACCUGAAGGAGCGUCUCCACCCCCAUUGUUCUACACUGAGGUCCAGCACCGAGGGCCUUCUGGCGGUUCCCUCACUGCGAGAAGCCAAGUUACAGGGACCCAGGCAGAGGGCCUUCUCGGUAGUGGCGCCCUUCCUGUGGAACGCCCUCCCACCAGAUGUCAAAGAGAACAACAACUACCAGACUUUUAGAAGACAUCUGAAGGCAGCCCUGUUUAGGGAAGCUUUUAAUGUUUGAUGUAUCACAGUAUUUUAAUAUUCUUUUGGAAGCCGCCCAGAGUGGCUGGGGAAGCCCAGCCAGAUGGGCGGGGUAUAAAUAAUAAAUUAUGAUGAUGAUGAUGAUGAUGAUGAUGUUGGGGGUGGAGCAGGACACCCACCUGUCACCAUCCUCGGGCUAGCAGAUUCAGAAUUAAGUGUCUCAACAACAGUUGUUUCAAAUUACUUUCUCUUGACCCCAAGUGCUCAGACGGACCUGUCAAAAUCGUCAGUCGUUUGAAAACUAGGAAGCUAAAUAAAAGAUUGACAUCAGGGAGUACCUUUCAUGUGGUCAAUGAGUAUAUAUUGCAAAAUUACAAAGAACAAUUUUUGGGGGUCUUGUUUUUAAAAAAAUCUAAACUAAAACAAGUUUUCUUGCUGAAAAUCCAAGUGACCUCAGCAAGUAUUUCAGUUUCAAAGAUGAUUCUGAUUGUUUCUACUUUUAGUUAAGUAUUUUUAUUUGUUUACUUGGUUUGGGUCGGGGACUGCAGCGCCCAAAACCUCUCUGUCCAGGCCUUGGGACUCUCCCCAGGCUGUGCCCCUCCUUGGGUCAAAGACCCUCUCCACAAGGCACAUCCCUCCUCUCCACUCUCCUGAAAUGCUUCUGCCUCGUGUGAACCGAUGGGGACACACAUUAUAACCUUACAUGACCCUGUGUAAAGUGUGGCUUCCUGUGGGAUACCUGGAACACAAGUGUUUUGGCACUAAGGAGCCUGCUGGCAGGAGAUUAAGAGGACAUGUUGUUGUUGUUGUUUUGCCGGGAGAGUGGGAGAUUUGGGAGAGGGAAGAUCAUGUGAAACCACAGAGACAGACAGAGAGAGAGACAGAGAGCAAAAAGCAACAUGCAGAUAAGACAGUGGAGCAGAGAACUGCUGCCUCCUGCCCUAAAACAUCAUUCUGCACCCAGGGAGUGGCAGGAUGAAUUCCACAGGUGCUUCCCAGUCCAGGACUGUAGCAGCGGGAACAGAGACUGCUCUAAGAGACCCUAAUUACUCAGUGGUACAUAGCUGAUUCUUUGAACUCUAUCCUCUCCUGUUUUUGUUGCUGUAGUUAUUUAGAGACCCACCUUAAUUUGAAUAUGUGUUUCUGAACCGUUCAUUUUGCUUCUUCCCUUCUUGUUAAAUCAGUGUUUGUAAGUGGGAAAAUGUUAACUGGGUGGAGUCCAACGUUAGACUCACUAAAGGUAAAGGGACCCCUGACCAUUAGGUCCAGUCGCGGACAACUCUGGGGUUGUGGCGCUCAUCUCGCUUCUGGGUCAUGUGGCGCUUCUGGCGAACCAGAGCAGCGCACAGAAACGCCGUUUACCUUCCCACCGGAGUGGUACCUAUUUAUCUACUUGCACUUUGACGUGCUUUCGAACUGCUAGGUUGGCAGGAGCAGGGACCGAGCAACGGGAGCUCACCCCGUCGCGGGGAUUCGAACCGCCGACCUUCUGAUCGGCAAGCCCUAGGGUCUCUGGUUUUGACCACAGCGCCACCCGCGUCCAGUUUGACUCACUAGACCCACUGAAAUAAACGGGCUGAAAACUCUUAUCACCCACUUCCUUUUAAAAAAUCCAUUUAUUAGAAAACUGAAAAUGAGGGAAAGCAGAGGAAAAAAUGGGAGAAAGUAAUGUCCAAAUCUUUGUACAUUAGACAAGAAUCUGAAACAAAAAGAACCAUACAAAGCUAUAAAAAGAGCGAGCGUAAUAGAAAAAUGUAACAUUUUUUAAAAAAUUAAGACCAAAGAUGCCAAUAACCCUAAAGAUGUUAAAAAUUUUAUAAUGUGUGUAAGAUUGCAGCCAUAAUGACUAUUUCUAAGCAAUUCUUAAAAAUUGCUUCAAUAAAUCCCACUGUAGCCAUUCAAGCUGACAGAAUGUUUGAUACCACCCCACAAUAUUUAAGAAGCAGCAUUCUAGCCCCAACCAAUUAAAAAAAAAAUCUAAUUUCAAAAUAUAUAUUAUAGUUGUGUCUUUGGAAUAGGCUCUGCAAGAAUUUGAAAAAGCUUUUAUCAAAAAGUGCUGCACGGCAUCAUAUGCCACCAAAUAUGUAUAGAAUGUCCAUAAAUUCAUAUGUGUAAAAAUUAGCAAUCUUGUGUACACUGUACAAAAACUGUAUGUGCACUGAAUGUAACAGAUGAACAGCCCUGAUGUCUCUUCCAAACUAUUCCUAAGGAGAUAAAAUAAAGUAGUGUACAGUGGUACCUCAGGUUACAUACGCUUCAGGUUACAGACUCCACUAACCCAGAAAUAAUACCUCUGGUUAAGAACUUUACCUCAGGAUGAGAACAGAAAUUGCGUGGCGGGGGCACAGCAGCAGCAGGAGGCCCCAUUAGUUAAAGUGGUGCUUCAGGUUAAGAACAGUUUCAGGUUAAGAACGGACCUCCGGAAUGAAUUAAGUACUUAACCAGAGGUACCACAGUACAUCUUCCUGAACAGGGACAGGUGGGGUGUAAAUAUGAUAAAUAAUAUUCACUGAAUUGUUCCAUAGCACAAGUGACAUUAGCAAUCUCUCCUCUGAAUGUUCAGUAUUUACCGUAUUUUUCGCACCAUAGGACGCACCGGACAAUAGGACGCACUUUGUUUUAGAGGGGGGAGAACAAGAAAAAAAAAUUCUCCCCCUCUCUGCCCAGCGCCUGUUCAGCGAAGUGGCAGGAGGCGCUGUGCAGAGAGGGGGAGAACUUUCCCCCUCUUGUUUUCCCGCUCUAAAACAAGGUGCCGUUUAAGGUGCGUUCAGGCGGCUAACUUGGAAGCCUGGAGAGCGAGAGGGGUCUGUGUGCACUGACCCUCUCGCUCUCCAGGCUUCAGGUUCUCUGACCUGCUCUUUGGGGCUGGCGGGGAAGCCCACCACCAGCCCCAAAGAGCAGUUCAGGGAGCAGCAGAGAGGCUCCUGCCAUAGCCGUGCGUCACCUCUCCAGCGGGGAGAGGGUCGCGGGGGGCUGCGUUAGCCCCGCGCGCGCGCUCUCCAGGCAGGCGAGGUGACACGCGGCUAUAGAGGCUCCUGCCAUAGACGCCCGUCACCUCUCCAGCCGGGAGAGGGUCGCGGGGCUAUGGCGUCUUCGCUCCAUAGGACGCACACACAUUUUCCCUUCAUUUUUGAAGGGAAAAAAGUGCGUCCUAUGGAGCGAAAAAUACGGUAAUCUCUUAGACCUUUUAGAGUAAAGGAUGUUUAACAGCAAUGAUAAAUCAGCCACCCUUAGCUCCUUAGCACCCUUAGCACCCUUAGCUCCUUGAAUGGUGGGCAAGAAUGAAAAUCGGCAGUUUUGUGAAGUCUUGCCAUUGCUUAAAAAAAUUAUAAAUUCACGUUUCCAAAGCUUCCAAGGUAAUACAACACAGGUAGCACCAGGACAAAUUUAAACAAUCAUAAUAAAUGCAAUGAAAUCAGCAGCAGCAGCAACACAGGGUCACAGCCCCCAUCUCUGGAGAAGAACGUGAUCUCAAAAGCUGUAAGACCAGAGAAACUCCAUACCUCACCAUCGGGGCAAUUGUGGUUGGGUCCCUUUUUCUCCUCACCUAACAUGGUGUUAGUAGCUCUUGCAGCAGCCCAUCGGAGAGGUUCCUGAAGGAUGCGUCAGCAAAUUCCCCCUAGCCUACAGAACAGAUGAACUAUCACAACAACAGCACAGAGUGUUUCGUUUUUCUUUUGUCAUCCCUGUUUCAUAGACGCAAAGUUCAGCUCGCUGUCUGCAGCAGGUAACCCUUUACCUAAAAGGCAAGGCCUCUCCAGCUUGUCAUUAUCCCAAAUGUUGUUUCUUUGCUCUGCUGCUAAGAAAUCUGCCUUAACGGUACCUUGCAUAGGAAAUGAAGUGAAUCGGAAUCUUUCUGACUUUAAAUAAUUUUUAAAAACAACUUUCCCGGCUUCUCUUCUUUCAUCUCUGAAUAUUGCACCAGGGAAACCAACUCAUCGUCCAUUAAUAUGCAUGGGAAUGUUGCGGCCCACAUAAAGCAAACAGGAUUUCGGUUGUUGUCGUCGUCGUUACUUUAAUAAUUACCUGUAUCUGCAAGCAAGCACUCUCUUUAGUCCUUCGAAAAUGUGGUUCCUUCUCACACUUGAGAGAAAGUAGGAGCAGAAUGAGAAUCAGUGACCCAAAUUUUCAUGCGUCUUUCCAGGUCCAGGGGUAUAAUUUGUUAUGGGUGUAGCAUCCGAACAAAAUACCUUCUCGGAGUUUGUUUCAAAGGAUUGGUUCUGAUAUAACAGGCCUGUCCAACAGGUCGAUCUUGAGAUCUACCGGUCGAUCACGGGAUGUCCCUGGUCGAUGUUGGUCGAUCACGGGCCCCUGACGCCCCCCCCUUUCCCCCAAAAAGCUCAACAACUCUGGUCAAUCCAAUGAGUAGAUCACUGCCUGAUUUCUUUAUAGUGGGAGUAGAUCAUAGCCUCCUGAAAGUUGGACAGCCCUGUGCUAUAACAUUUGCAGGAUGACCCCCCUAGGGGGAAGUGUUAAUGUAAUCCUAAUGGGACACUUUCUUUAUUUGGUUGUUGCCAUUCUAAGGCUGUGUAUACCUUAAUCUGUUGUGCCCCUGCCUCUGGUUUUGAAUCCAAGUACACGCAACGUUAGGGACGCGGGUGGUGCUGUGGGUUGAAUCACAGAGCCUAAGACUUGCCAAUCAGAAGGUCAGCGGUUCGAAUCCCUGCGGCGCGGUGAGCUCCCAUUGCUCGGUCCCAGCUCCUGCCCACCUAGCAGUUUGAAAGCACAUCAAAGUGCAAGUAGAUAAAUAGGUACCACUCCGGCGGGAAGGUAAACAGCAUUUCUGAGCGCUGCUCUGGUUCGCCAGAAGUGGCUUCAUCAUGCUGGCCACAUGACCUGGAAGCUGUAUGCCGGCUCCCUCGGCCAAUAAAGCGAGAUGAGCGCCGCAACCCCAGAGUCGGUCACAACUGGACCUAAUGGUCAGGGGCCCCUUUACCUUUACACGCAACGUUACCUCAUAGUGUCUUGAGAAAUACUGUUGUUUGGUAUGUUUUCCCUCAAACCAGCUCCAAUCUGAAAGGAAAACUGAAGCCACAUUUCCUCUGCAGUUAAGGUGUGUAAUAAUGAUAAUAAUAAUAAUAAUAAUAAUAAUAUAUUAUUUAUAGCCCGCCCAUCUGGCUGGGCUCCCCAGCCACUCUGGGCAGCUUCCAACAAAAUAUUAAAAUACAGUAAUGCAUCAAACAUUAAAAGCUUCCCUAAACAGGGCUGCCUUCAGAUGUACCUUUGAGAUAGCUGUUCUGCUUGCAUGGAUGACAGCGUCUGCACAAAUGAUGGUUUCAUGAAAAGGCGUUGGGGGGGACAUUGCAGGAAAUCAGGCAAUGCGCAUCAGGUGAAGGCAUCCCCGCCCCUCUCCGAUGUGCACAGCAGAGUGAAAAUGUGACUUGAAAUGCAACCGGGUGUGUGUGUGUGUGUGUGUGUGUGUGUGUGUGUGUGUGACCUCUCUGUUUUUUAAGCCACUAAUGUAUACCUGAAGGAGCGUCUCCACCGCCAUUGUUCAACCCGGACACAGAGGUCCAGCGCCGAGGGCCUUCUGGUGGUUCCCUUACUGCGAGAAGCGAAGUUACAGGGAACCAGGCAGAGGGCCUUCUCGGUAGUGGCACCCGCCUUGUGGAACUCCCUCACAUCAGAUGUCAAGGAAAUAAACAACUAUCUGAUGUUUAGAAGACAUCUGAAGGCAGCCCUGCUUAGCGAAGUUUUUAACGACUGAUGUUUUAAUGUAUUUUUAAUCUUUUGUUGGAAGCCGCCCAGAGUGGCUGGGGAAACACCAGCCAGAUAGGCGGGGUAUAAAUAAAUUAUUAUUAUUAUUAUUAUUAUUAUCAUUAUUAGUUUUUGGCCUAAGCACACGCAUUGCAGGUCUGUCCCAGAGCCCACCCAGACAGGUCGGGGGGGGGUUGCAGGUGAAUUUUGCAGCAUGUCAAUGACACAAUAAAUUGCAGGGAGGGGACAAAAAUAGUGAGCAAGCACAUCAAACUCCACCUACUAGUGCGGACAGGAAACAUCAAUACAGAUAAAAAGUGCCACUCUCCUGAGAUGUAAGAAACACACCCUUUGGGGCUGCUGAAAUGAAGGCAAAGUAGGGUGAGCAGUGGGUUUUUUGUGUGGGACGGAUUGUGGAGGCAGCUCUAAUAAUGACAACAUGUAUUCAGGGACAGCCAGCUCCCAAAUUCUGAAUGGGAGGGGAGGCGGGAGGCAGCCCCUGUUAACUGUUGAGAAAAAAUGCGUUCAGCAUUUGUGGAGCUACCUUCUAGGACUCAGAUCUUGUAUCAUAUCAGAUCCCCUAGGCUGAGUUCUGGUGAACUUGUGUAUCAGAACAACAAAGGGCCUCUCCGGAGGGGCUUUUUAUUGUACACAUAGGAUGAUUUGUGCUGAUGAUGAUCUCGGAGCGGUCAUACUUGGUUCUGCUUCCAAUCCUGUUUCAGCAUGUAGAAGAUUUAAAGCAGGAGCUUCAUUUCCAACCUGUGCAUAUCCCAUAACUUCCUGCUGAAAUGCCAUAACUUUUUAUGCUGCAAAUCCUUGUUCCGCUUCUGUUGCACUAUAGCCUCUCCACACAGGGAUAUCGCAGGGAAGCAUUUCAGAACUAAAGCAGAAUAAAUUCACCGCUAACGAAAACCCCUAUUUGUGAAAGAGUAACUGGGGACGCAGGUGGCACUGUGGGUUAAACCACAGAGCCUAGGACUUGCCGAUCAGAAGGUCAGCAGUUCGAAUCCCCGCGACGGGGUGAGCUCCCGUUGCUCGGUCCCUGCUCCUGCCAACCUAGCAGUUCGAAAGCACAUAAAAGUGCAAGUAGAUAAAUAGGUACCACUCUGGUGGGAAGGUAAACAGUGUUUCUGUGUGCUGCUCUGGUUCGCCAGAAGCGGCUUAGUCAUACUGGCCGCAUGACCCGGAAGCUGUACACCGGCUCCCUCGGCCAAUAAAGCGAGAUGAGCGCCGCAAUCCCAGAGUCGGUCAUGACUGGACCUAAUGGUCAGGGGUCCCUUUACCUUUAACUGGGGAAAGGAAAACAAUAACAGGAUUGUUUUGCGGAAAGGAGAACAUGUAUAUGUGCUCUGGUCAUCAUUUGCUUGUAACUGAUGUUAGAUCAGUACUUAAUUUCUAAAAUGAGAAGUGUGAGUGAUAUGCCAUCCUUCUGUAAGCACCACUUCUUACUUUUAAGUGUGUGGGAAGGGGGAAACCUGCAGUUGCUCAGUGGCGAGGGGAAAACAGUCUGCAUAUGUUCAGAAGUGCUCUCUUUAUAUCUACUUCAGAAUUCUGUGCCUUAGCCACUGAAUUAAACUCAUAGUCAGUUACCCAGCAUUAGAAACUCAGAUAUAUGAGCUAGGUGCAAAUGGCACCUUAAAUCUAGGUUACUUUCCACAUGUUGUUGGACUACAACUCCCAUAAUCCCUAACCAUUAUCUAUGCUGGCUAGGGUUGAUGGGAGUUGGGAAGCUAAGUGCUGAAGAGCCACAGAUCCCCAAUUCCUGUUGUAAAUUGCAUAAAGGAAGCUAUGUGCAUAGACAUGUGUUUCAUGUGUAUUUGGACUGCUGUGGAGUAUGUGGCUUGCCUCACAGCUUUUAUCGCCUAGUUGGAAUGAGUGCAUGCGCACACUUUUACCUCUUGUUUUCUAGUUGUGGCGAAUCCGAGCCUUGGACUCUGCCCCUAGGACUACACACUCAUUUACAAGAGUGAAAUGUUGAAGGGUAUGCAAAAUCAUCUUCUUUUUUGCCAACCUAUACAUCACCCCCAAUCUUUAGACUAUAAAGUGUGUGAUAUUUGAUAAGCGUUUUCCACUUGAUAAGCUAGUAGGGAAGCUUGUGCUCUUUGACAAACGUUCCAAGCUUGCUACAUGGAUCGGUCUUUCAAUAAGGCACUGUAAAUCCAUAAAUUACUUUUAUAAUACAGUACAUUAUUUUGCUGUUUAAUUUGCCCAUGAACCUUAGGAUGUGGUAUCAAAGGUUUCCCCAUUACUGCUCAUGGAUCUCUUUGGCUUUGCAGUGGCAUCAAAACACCAGAGAAAAUGAUUGUCUAGAAAGCUUCCAGACAGCAUCUCUUAACUUAACGUGGAAGUUUGUUUUAGUCCUUUGUCACUCCCUGCCAUAGUUAGAUCAUUCUAGGUUGUAUGUGUGACACAGUUGUGCAGGAAACAGCAACCUGAAAGCAACGCAGAGCUGGUUAAGAACGAAAACAGCAACAUGUGAUAUGUGGGGACACAUUUUACCCUGGUGGCUGCAGCUUCUCAGAGCAUAGUCUCACCCCAGAUUAGCGCAGGGCAGCAGCUAAGCCAAGGCUUGCAUUAACCAUGAUUCCAGGUUUGAAUAAAAGGCUAGAGGGGAGACCUUAGUCACAGACCUGGCUUUGGAUGACAUGUUGAGCCAAACUUUGGCCAGGGAGGAAUAAAGCAGCUACCAUCUCCUUGGGAUCCAGCAGCAGUGCUGGAUUUAAGGCGGUGCCGGCAGUUCCCCCUGCACAGGACGCUGAGCCAAGGGGUGUGUGCAUAACAACAACAACAAAUAUUUACCCACUGAGCCUCUUGGGCUUGCCGAUCAGAAGGUCAGAGGUUCGAUUCCGCACGACGGGGUGAGCUCCCAUUGCUCUGUCCCAGCUUCUGCCAAACUAGCAGUUCGAAAGCGCACCAGUGCAAGUAGAUAAAUAGGUACCGCUGUGGCGGGAAGGUAAAUGUGCUUCCAUGCACUCUGGCUUCUGUCACGGUGUUCUGUUGUGCCAGAAGCAGUUUAGUCAUGCUGGCCACAUGACCCAGAAGCUGUACACCAGCUCCCUCGGCCAGUAAAGCGAGAUGAGUGCCGCAACCCCAGAGUCGUCUGCGACUGGACCUAAUGGUCAGGGGUCCCUUUACCUUUACAUUGCAAGACUAUCGUAAGCUGCUCUUUUGAGCAGAGUUCCUCAUUCUUCAAAAAGAGUACAACAGCAGUAGAUCACAUUGCAGUGAUGCUGCGAGCAACUCCCUUGGCCUCAGCCUAACCCUCUGAAGUUUUCAGAGUGAAGUUUACUCUCACAAGCCACUCUCUCUCAGCCCCAGCUGCACUGACCCUCAAAUUUCGGGUCCACGGACUUCAUUUGCAUUGGGAGGAUUAUUUUAAAGUGUUGGCAAACCUUAAACUAACGUUUUACAUAAGAGAAAUAUGUCAGAAAGAAAAUUUGUCUGAGAGUGGACAUUCUGUCGCCCUGCCUCAGGUAAAUUAAAACCUUGGGUUUCUCAUUUGAUUUCCACAGGCAGGGAAAACCAUUUAAACAUUCAGCAUGAAACAGCAUAUGUAGACAAUGAGAUGGUUCUCUCUAACUUUCUACUCUCUGUAGUUUUCAUGGUCUAUAAAAGGAAGGAAGGAACUGCAAGUCUUUCACAGGCCAUUUACCCCUUUACUUACACAACUUUUAAAAGUAAGCCAUAGUGUAUUUCUUUUAUAUCGAAUUGUAAAUGCAUAGCUACUUUCCAUCUAAAAGGUGCUCAGAGGUGUACAACAGAAAAUUUAAAACACAUAUAGUUGUUAGAAAGCUGACUGUGAAUAAGUUGUGUGAAUGAUCCCUUUCUUACAACGAAAGGUCCUUUGGCCUUAGUUGCUGGUCUUACUUACUGAUCACAAAAGAUGGAGGCAAGAAACAGGAGAGAGUGCUAUCUAAGGCUACACUGGGACUGGGCUUUAAAAAACUGGUGCAGUGGUACCUCGGGUUAAGAACUUAAUUUGUUCCGGAGGUCCGUUCUUAACCUGAAACUGUUCUUAACCUGAAGCACCACUUUAGUUAAUGGGGCCUCCUGCUGCCGCCGCACUGCCGGAGCCCGAUUUCUGUUCUCAUCCUGAAGCAAAGUUCUUAAUCUGAAGCACUAUUUCUGAGUUAGCGGAUUCUGUAACCUGAAGCGUAUGUAACCUGAGGUACCACUGUACCUUGAACUGGUAGCUGGUUCAAAUAAACGUGAUGGAAACAGAGGACUGGAUAAUGCAAAAACCUUACAGCUUGCCUUGCCUUACUGACAGGCGCUCGGCUACUUCUGAGUAGCAGGCUAAUCGUGGCUGUUUAUCUUCCAGUGAUUAAUGGUUUCCCAUGGUUCCCGUUUCAAUUCCAUUAAGAUCACAAGUGUAGGAAAAUUGCCCUGAUGCUUUAUAUUCUCCCCCCACCCCCAAAUUCUUAUAUACAAGAAAUUCAUGACCUUUCCUUGAACUUAGAUUGCUUUCCCCCCUUUGUGCGUUUCUGGGCUGUACGUUCGAAAUCAGAAAUCAUCUCAAUUUGCUGCCCUGGUCCCCGGAACAUGGUUGGACAGAGAAGUGCAUAUUUAUGCUGAUGACACCACACAUGGCCCAAAUGACAAACCAUCUCCCCUGGUGGCUCAGUGUGUGUAUUUAAAGCAGUAAUGAGGAUUAGAUAGACCCAUUCGUGGUGCCUCAGAACGGACAGCUUCAGAGCGACAGAGUGGAAGUCUGCACAGUACCCUGAAUAAAAGGUAAAGGGACCCCUGACCAUUCAGUCCAGUCAUGGCCGACUCUGGGGUUGCGGCGCUCAUCUCGCUUUAUUGGCCGAAGGAAGCCGGCGUACAGCUUCCGGGUCAUGUGGUCAGCAUGGCUAAGCCGCUUCUGGCGGACCAGAGCAGUGCACGGAAAUGCCAUUUACCUUCCCACCAGAGUGGUACCUAUUUAUCUACUUGCACUUUGAUGUGCUUUUGAACUGCUAGGUUGGCAGGAGCAGGGACCGAGCAACGGGAGCUCACCCCGUCGUGGGGAUUCGAACCGCCGACCUUCUGAUCGGCAAGUCCUAGGCUCUGUGGUUUAACCCACAGCGCCACCCGCGUCCCUCUGAAUAGCUACCCUUAAAUGCUAGCAGUGGCUUUGUUCAGCUCUUGGUGGUUCGCCAGCUACUAGAGGCGGAGGAAGGGGGUGCGGUGGGUGCGAUCCGCCCCAGGUGUCACCACUGAGGGGGUGACAAAAUGCUGGGUGGCACUCACCGUGGGGCUUGCAGCACACCCGAGCCACGCGUCUCUUCUGGGAGAGACGCAGCGGCUUGGGCACGCGCAGGCUUUGCGCUGCCCAAAUGGUCUGCCCGCUGCCUCCCACCCAGCUGUAGGGCAGCUGAGUGGGAGGAGGCAAAACAACAAAUCUAUGGUUAUGGGAAACAUACUCAAUAAACACACAAGACUUAACCAGCUGUACUUUCGAAUAAAUAAGGUAUAAUAUUCAUUGUAUCAAAUUGUAGAUUUCAACGGAAGUCUCAUAAAGUUCAACGAAAAAAGCAGAAGACCCAGUGGAUCAGUUCAUUCUCUAGUCAGUUCAUGCAUAAGGUCCAUACAUGUAUAAGUAUCUAUUCCACCUGUCUGUUCAUAGAGUCCAAUAAUCCACAUUAAGGGUUGUUACAGUUCCACAGAAUCCUUUCACAGAGUCUAAGACAAGGAUUUCCGGAAUAUUAGCCUUGUUUCGCCAUCCUAGGCUUCAUCAGUAGAACAAGAAGAAAGAAAGAAGAUUCCACCUAAACAUUAGGAAGAACUUCCUGACACUAAGAGCUGUUCGACAGUGGAAUUUGCUGCCAAGGAGUGUGGUGGAGUCUCCUUCUUUGGAGGUCUUUAAGCAGAGGCUUGACAACCAUAUGUCAGGAGUGCUCUGAUGGUGUUUCCUGCUUGGCAGGGGGUUGGACUCGAUGUCCCUUGUGGUCUCUUCCAACUCUAUGAUUCUAUGAUUCUAGGCUCUAGGUAACGCAAAUAAAUACAAUAUCGUAGUCUCACACAUUUUUACAUCAAAAUUAAUAUAAAAAAACAUAAACAAUUGUACAUACCAUAUGUAAUAUUACAGGAUAGUGGAUCUUAUAGCAUGGUAGUGGUUGCAGUACCUUAUUUAUUCAAAAGUACAGCUGGUUACGUCUUGAGCGGGAGGAGGCAGGCAGACCCCAGAGGCCCCAUGGUGUGCCCUGCCCCUAUGGGUGGGCUCACCCUGCCUCUGUGGGCGGCUCGCCCUGCCCCUGGGUGUGCCACCCCAGGCGCCCGAGUGGCUUCCUCUGCCGCUGCCAACUACAACCUCUUUUAGACAUAGAUGACUUGGCCACUGUUCCCUGUGCUCUGGCAACUUCCAGAUUGGAUGACUGCAAUGCUCUCUGGGUGGGGUUGCCCUUGAAGACAACUCAGAAACAUCAAUGGGCCCAAAAUGCAGCAUCCAGAUUCUAGUUCUGUUUCGAUCUCAUACACCCUUCUGUUUUAAAAGAGCUGCCUUGGUUGCUGGUUCCUUUCCAGGCCCAGUUCAAGCUGUCUGUGUUGGGGUUUGGAGCCCCAAAUGACUCAGGCCCCAAAUUGACCCACCUCCUUUCACACAUACCUAGGGUCAAUGCUUUCCCCGGGAACUGAGAAUUGGGGAAUGGGGCUGAACUGUCAUUGGCAAAAGGCGACUCAGACAGCAUGAGGAACCAUGGGAAAAAGAAGAAGGGGAAUGUUGGAGAUGUUAUGACCGGUUGUUGUUUUUUUACCUCCCUCCGUAAGCCAGGCACAAGCUUCCUGGGCUUUCGGAAGGAGACUUUGAUUGGGGGGGAUGCCAGUCCUGUGUACCGGCACGUACCACCAGGGAAAAAAACAACAACACUAGUUUUAAUUCAAAUUAGCUCUAGUUGGUUUUUUUCUGUUGUGGUUUGGCCUAUCUCUGUUGUUGAGCUAAAAAUGUCCUGUGUCAAGUCUUGUGCUUUGGGUAGUUCUGGUCCUUCGGCUGAUACGUUUGCGUGUCGAUUCACAUCCUCAAGGGGAAGAUGGCUUCCUUCAGAACAUCUACUUCUAUUCAGUGUUGAGGGAGAAGAGUGAAAUGUAGUUCUUGUGCUUGGAAAUAGCCAGAGAUGAAUUCCUACUUAGUUCAUACCAGCAAACAGCACCCAAAAAAUAUUAUUUUCGAAACAAUGACAAGCAGACAAAUUGAUUUGGGGCCAGGGCAUAGAACAACGAGAAAUUCCCUGCCUGUUACUGCUCACGCAGCAACAAAUAUUUGAGGCUGUGAUCUGAAACAUACCCUUUUGAGUUUGUGUCCCAGUUCAGUCAAUGGAAACACAUAGGGCCAGGGCUGCAAAAAUAGAUGUGAUGUGUAGCUUCUUGUACAGAAGCAAAAUUGUUCAGAAAAUACCUUUUGCUUCAGACAGAAUAAAACCUGUUUCUGGGGUGCCUACAGAUCUCUUUUUUUUAUGCCGCUUACCUUUCUGCAAGUUGGCUAAACUUGUCACCUCUUGCUGGAGGGGGCGACUGUCUCGCUUCGGGUCUUUAGCAGGUGAAAAGGAGAAAUUUGAAUCCGGUCCUUGCAGCAUCAGUCCCUGGAAGAAAGGAAAUUGUGAUGGCAGAUGCAGUCGUAUGCAAAUAGCUGGGGGGGUGGAAUUAUCAUCUACAAACACUGGGAAGAAAUUCCAUCUGCUGCUUCCUUGAGAAGGGGGCCUUAAUAAAUUCUGAGACUGCAAAGUUACACACAUCUUAAUCAAGUCUUAAUCCGAGGAAUUAAUGUGCUGUGCGUUUCUGCAUAAUUCCAGGAAUCACGCAAAAGCUAUGACAAUAGCCAGAGCCGCAGAUGGACUCGCCUCCUUGCACAAAACGCUGCAUGAAAAAGGUAUAUUGAGGCAAACGUGGCUCCCGCCUUCACAGCGUUUCACGUACAGGUGCACCAUCUCAAAGUGCCAGGGCGACUCGUGCGCUUUCAUGUGCGUGGCGCGCGCACAUGCGCUUGUCUAUGCAUGCGUGCGCACAUGUGCCAAACCACUGUGCUUGCCUUCACGUCUACUGCAGAGGGGGAAAACCCUCCAGAGGUUUUUUCUCUUAAAAACGCUGCCUUUUUUUAUCUUAGGAGUCGGCAGGGGAUGGGGGGGACGGGACAUAAAUAUUUCUUACUGCGUAUAUAUUGUUCCCUGUAAUAAAAGUGCAGGCUGAAAUUGGAGGGAAAUGUGAGGUAAGGAAGGAAGAAGAUGCCCACCAAUUCACAAGCAGGCAUUGCUUCCCAGCUUUGACACCGCCUGCGUUGAGGAAAUAGGUAUAAAUUUUGCAGCAGAGGCCAAAGGUCAGCUUGUCUUUAGCUUUUGAAAGUAACCAGAUCACAAACAUUUGGCAUGAACCUACCAGUCCACAAACAUGAAGGCUUAUUUGUUAGCUUUGAAAGGUAGCUGCACUCCCAGAAUUAAAUACCACUGUGCACAAUGGGACCUGUUUUGGAGUAAAGACACUAAUUCUUCACAGUGUUAGCCUGUGGCUGCAACAAGCACACUUAUUGGAAGUUAACCCCACUUAACCGAACUUCUUCCCACCAAGUAAACUGACCUCCUAAUCGUAUAUGCCACUCAGACAUCACUUGGGCCUCUUUUUCAGCUCUUCUCCGGUUCCUAUUCCAGGCCGAUGGAGUUCAACUUGCUCACUGACUCAGAGGCCCACAGUCCCAAUCUCUCCCUCUCAGAGUCGGGGACACCACAACAUGAGCACAGCUGCAAGGGGCAAGAGCACAGCGGUAAGUACGAAAUUGGCUUUGCUCUGAACAGCAAACAGUGCUUCUCAUUGCAUAGCCUCCAGCUCUGGCCUGAUUAGAAAGGGAGGUGCUCUGUUUGUUUCUUAGACAUGAGCUUAUCAUAACUGGUAGAGCAGAGCUGCAGAACCUCAUGCCUGAAGGCCAAAAUCCAGGCCUCUAGCUGGCCCUCAGGGAUUUCCCAGGCCGUGCCCAAUCCACCCCCUAGGCUAGAAUAAAUCACAGACACUUGACUUUGAAGAUAAGUGAAUAUUUUACUCGCAAAGUUUCCAGAAGUUACAGCAAAUAAGUCUCCAACCACUGGCAGUAAAACAGAGAUGAAAAAGGUUCCAAAUGACUUAAAAAGAAAAGUAUUUUGCUUCUUUACAAAAAGGAUCACGCAAUCUUUGGGUUAGGCUUCGGAAUUUCAUUUUUUGAGAGAUUCGGUUCACUCGCAGGGAGCCAUGACCGCAUGACUUCUUGCUUGUUCCAGGAAGCAGGAAGAGAAAAGACUCAGAGCCUGCUAAGCUCCGCCCCCACUGGCAACCUGAGCUCAGGUUAACCCUUUCUUGCAGGCAAUUGUGAGUCAGUAAUAUAUUACAACAAAUCGGUGCUCUUGCUUUUGCUUUCACAGACACAGAAAAGUCACAGCAGAACCAGACCGAUGACUCCAAUCCUGAGGAUGGCUCCUUGAAAAAGAAGCAGCGCAGGCAGAGAACUCACUUCACCAGCCAACAACUCCAGGAGCUGGAAGCCACUUUCCAGAGGAACCGCUAUCCGGACAUGAGCACCAGGGAGGAAAUUGCUGUCUGGACCAACUUGACUGAAGCCAGAGUCCGGGUAGGCCUCAUUCACACCCACUCUGCUUUCUCUUAAUGUGGUCAGAAUUUGAGGAUUCGAUAGCGAACCACAUAGCAGACCAAGCAGAAUGGAAGAGGCCUCUGCGUGUGGCUUUUAUCUUUUUGUGUGAGCUAUUAUUACAGUGCAAGUAUUUUCUGAGGAACAGAUUGCUCUCAAAAUCUUGCAUUUUAAAAAGCGAGGCACUCCUCUCACAAUCACUCCUAAUAGUGAACUCAAGCGGCGAGUGCCACCAAAGUAGGACCACUAAGAAACAAGGGGGAGAUACUCGCAUGCUUGAGGAAAGCCUGAGGUUUGCAGAAGUACAUUUUCCCACUCAAACAUGAACAAGUUGAAAGGACGGGGCGGGGGACACACAGGGAGGAGGAACACCAACAAAAGCCCAUUGUGGACUAAGCACGCUCAGUAGACGUGGAAUGAGGAGUAACAGAAGGGGAAAGAAAGUUGGAACACUGGGUGGUGGGAGAUGAUGGUUGGCUGGGAUCCUGUACUCAUUUUAGAAGUGAGGAUGCCUGCCACAUUUUGUCGCAAGUUCCACCUCUUCUAUUGCUGAGGACCCGUUGUAACUGCAGCUCCCAUUAUCCUUUGCGAUGUUCACUGAGGCCGAUGGGAGUUGUAGUUCAGCCCCGCCUGGUGUCUACCCGGACACUAAGGUCCAGCACCGAGGGGUCUUCUGGCGGGUCCCUCACUGCGAGAAGCCAAGUUACAGGGAACCAGGCAGAGGGCCUUCUCGGUGGUGGUGCCCACCCUGUGGAACGCCCUCCCACCAGAUGUCAAAGAGAUAAACAACUACCAGACUUUUAGAAGACAUCUGAAGGCAGCCCUGUUUAGGGAAGCUUUCAAUGUUUGAUGUAUUACAGUAUUUGAAUAUUUUUUGGGAAGCCGCCCAGAGUGGCUGGGGAAGCCCAACCAGAUGGGCGGGGUAACUUCUUCUUCUUAUUAUUAUUCUCACCAAGCUAACACACGCAGAAUGCUGACUUAAGAAAAAUGCUCCCUUUCUCUCACAGGUGUGGUUUAAGAACCGCAGGGCCAAGUGGAGGAAGCGAGAAAGGAACCAGCAGGCCGAACUCUGCAAGAACAGCUUUGGAGCCCAGUUCAAUGGACUGAUGCAGCCUUACGAUGACAUGUACAGCGGCUACUCGUACAACAGCUGGGCCACCAAAGGCCUCGCCACCAGCACCCUGUCGGCAAAGAGCUUCCCCUUCUUCAACUCGAUGAACGUCAGCCCCCUCUCGUCGCAGCCCAUGUUCUCCACGCCCAGCUCCAUCGGCUCCAUGCCCAUGCCUUCAUCCAUGGUAGCUCCCUCCACAGUGACUGGCGUGCCAGGCCCCAGCCUCAACAACCUCAACAGCCCCGGCCUUAACUCGGCCGUUUCAUCCAGUACCUGCCCAUACGCUUCCCCAGCCAGCCCAUACACGUACCGGGACACGUGCAACUCCAGCCUGGCUAGCCUGAGGUUGAAGGCCAAACAGCACGCCAACUUCACCUAUCCGGCAGUGCAGACAGCAGCCUCCAGCCUCAGCCCUUGCCAGUACGCUGUGGACAGGCCAGUAUGAAGGCCUAGGACCCUUAAACCACCCACCCAACCCCGAUAAUCAGGAACUUGGCCAUUAGCCCGACAGCCACACCCAGACCGACCAAAUUCCAGGAAGAUGUGCUUUGUGACGACCAUGCUGUUAUAAACUUUCCGACUCUUCUCUUUUGUUUUUGGCGAAAGUAAACACAACCGCUCAUCGAAAGCCCAUUUGGGAAAGAGGACUUUUCUGCCAGGCUCUGAGGUCAUUGUCAAUCCGGCGCUGUAAUGCGAUAGCUCUCGGCUUGCUCCUGCUCCCGUCCGAGAACAGGCAACCCGUUCGUGCAACAAUACGGAGAGAGGGAGACCCAGGAAAGGGGGGCGGGGGACAACGGUGCAGCUGCCGAUUCCACUCACCAACGUAUGUCUGUGCGCCGCGGCGAUUUGCAUGCCUGCCGACACGAAACCCUCCGAGGUCUAAACGCUGUGCUGGAAAGACCACAGAUUGGUGCACUGAGGAUUAGACUUCUUUCACGAAUGUUUGCACAAUGUCCUGUCGCUUCUUCUUCUUUUCCUUUGCAGAUUUUGGCCUUUUGUAGUUGAGAGUCGGCAAAGGAAGAUGUGGUCUCAUGGAAAGGUUCAGAGUUCGUGAAAGGCAGGGGCGAGAGAGGGAUUAUGAGCCAUGGGGAGGGUCUGGGACCCAGCUGAAUGGAGAGAUCCACUCGGGCACGAUGCUAAGAUCCUGCCCCCCCUGAUUUACACUGGUUUCUAAGACUACAGCAGAAGCUGCUAGCAGGUCGCCAAAAGGGAUACAGAACUUUGACUUUAGCAAAAAAACAACAGCGACAACCGAGAGCUGCAUAGUCCUUUCCAUGUCUACCUGUGGAAGUCGGGGAAGGGAAGAGUGAAAAGAUACAGAGAAAUAUGAGCAAAUAAAACAUUCCCUGUUGGAUUUCAUUUUCGACCAGGCGGGAGUUAAAUAUCAGUAUAUCCACAUACGGAACCCCAUUGCUUUCCUUUUACAGUCAAUGGCUCUUUCAUGCUCCCAACAAUAAAUUCCAUUACAAAAUAAAUCGGAAGAAAUCCUCGCAA